GUGUGAUUACAUCCGGUUUUCAAAAUAAGGUGUUCACAAAAGUUAUAAAAAAAUGUCUGAGAUGAUAUUCUCCAGCAAACCAAAAAUGAAAGGUUUAAGAUAUUUGCCUUACAAUUUAGUGGUAUUUUAAUAAUUAUAAUGUAUAAGGGACGCAGGUUACACGUGUUAUACGUCUUGUAAAUAUAAUGCAAAUAUAAUCUUAUUUUUACAUAGUCACACAUACGUCCGCUAGCUUUGUCAUGUCCGUCACCAGCUGUCAGCUCCACACACUGUAUAGACUUUUUAUACAUAGUCGUUUUAUAUCGUGCUUUUUGUAUACAGACUUCUUCAUAGUCUAUUGUCAGCUCGGUCUUGGCCGUGAGUGUCGGUAUAUGGGUGCACUCAAACGUUAGCAUCAGCUGAUAUGACUCGAGAUGGGAGUGAAGGCUCGACAGCAGUCAUCUGGCAUUGUACCCUGCUCUCUGACAAACAUGAACUAAUAAGUAAUAAGUGCAAAUAAUCUCUUGUUUUCGGCUGAUAACGAAAAUAUUAACGUGUGCUCUCAAGAUAACGACAUUCAUAAAAUAAUUGCUAGCACGGCCGUUCUCGGCUUCCGUACAUUUUGAGCAAUAGCUGACAACGUUAAAAGUAUACUUCUGAAAUCCCAUGUGUUGUUAUGUGUGUUAACACCGGAGGAAAGCAACCUUUAAUUCAAAUGAUAGCGUCAUGUUACAGAUGGUCUACGGGAAAAUUGAAAGACUGGUCCUAUACAUGUAAAAAAGGUUCUACACCAUAAAAGUAACUUUCAAAUCCGCCAGUCUGAGUCAGCUCUCCCUUACCUGCCGUGAGAGGACUAGAGACUGUCGUUGUUUCUCCUCGUCACUCAACGCUGCAACCCUUCGCUUUAUUUCUUUCCUCAGAGCUUGCUUUGCUGCACGCAAGGCGGCCAUUCUGCCUGAGAACUUCAAAUCAAGCGGACGUUCAGUAAAAAUGAUGUUUGACAAAAAACUCUGUGAAGUGCGUUCCGUAUGCGUGUCGGUUGUUAUUACUGUGGAAGAGCCGACUUCGACAGUGUUUUUUUGCUUCCAGUCGUUAAACAUUAACAAGUAUAUCAACACAUGAGAGGCGGCGAUAACAGUAUGAGACCAGCUAACGCUACUGCCAGCAAGGACUCACACACGACUGAACAGUCCAUUAAAGACUCCACACCAUAGUAUCACUACGCCGCAUGUCUCUGACGUCAGCUGCAUACCGGAAGUUUAGGGAGGCCAACAGCCCAAUCUGUAGUUUUUUUAACCAAAUAAUCAUAAGCAGCUCUAGAGAUACAUGUGUGGCUGAUCAGCAUCUCUGAGUUAGAAAUCAUAUCAUGAAUAUUUAUUUAAAACCUCAUUAAAAGUAACUUUAAAAAUAUAAGCAUACAAAUAAAAGAAAAUUUGAUUGUUAAAAUCGAAUGUCAAGGGCUGUCGAAGAUCCAACAGGACCUGUGUGUAAACAGAUAGUGAAAAACAGACACACUGACAGACAGCCUUGGCUAGUUAGUUUACACCCUCAUAUGUGUUUGGCCUUUGGUUAGAGAUUUGUUUUCAAUCAUAUUAAAAACUAUUCAUUCUUUUUGCCAUACACCUUUUUGAUUGAGGGCUCUUGAUAUGUUGUUUUCAAUUAGUUUAGGUUGAUUGAGUUACAUCAAAUACAUUCACUCCAUUUAUUUUCCAUAAGCCUGAUUUAUGCGUUUCAUCAUUAUUUUAUGUCUUACACUAAAUAUGAAACUUUCCACAUUUUUCUGUUGACAUAUUCACUGUUCAUGUUGGAAUGUUUCAAAUUGUAUUUUUUCUCAUUAAACUGUGUUUACACUAAACAUAUUAGAAUCAGGGCUUUUCUCUCAAGUUUCCAUAAGGCUUAUCAGUAACUUGAUUUUGCUUAGUCAUUCACCAGGCUGGUUUGCAUUAACUUCCAAAGAGGCAGUAUGAGGGUGGAUACUAUAGGCAGCAUGUGAUUGGUUCUGCAACGGGAGGCGGGCCUGUCUACAGUCAAACAUCUGGAAGAGCUCGCUGCUGCUGCUCAUUCACUCAGUAACUCAGUAACUCAGUAAGGUUGAGAGGAAUACCACUGCCAAAGUGAAGAUGUCCUUCCUAAAAGUAGAGGCUUCAUCAGAGUUCUCCUUCCACAACCUCCCUUAUGGAAUAUUCUCCACACCUGAUCAUCCCAAACGUCGCAUUGGUGUUGCCAUUGGAGACCAGAUUCUGGACCUCAGUGUGAUUAUGUCUUUGUUUCGAGGACCUGUGAUUUCCAAACAUCGGGAUGUGUUUGAGCAGUCCACACUGAAUGCUUUCAUGGCUCUUGGUUAUGAGGCCUGGAGGGAGGCCAGGAGGACCUUGCAGGGGUUGCUGUCAGCCAAUGAGAGCACACUGAGAGAUGAUGUCAGCCUUCGGAGCAGAGCAUUUGUCCAUCAGAGCACAGCCACCAUGCACCUUCCUGCAGACAUUGGCGAUUACACCGACUUCUACUCCUCCAGAGACCACGCCACCAACGUUGGCACCAUGUUCCGGGGGAAGGAGAAUGCUCUGAUGCCAAACUGGUUGAGGCUUCCAGUGGGAUACCAUGGUAGAGCAUCAUCAGUGGUUGUUUCUGGGACCCCCAUCCGCCGUCCCUCAGGCCAGAUGAGACCUGACCAGACAAAACCUCCUGUGUUUGGCCCGUCUAAGCAGUUGGACAUUGAGCUGGAGAUGGCCUUCUUUGUUGGAGGGGGGAAUCAGCUCGGGGAGCCCAUUCCCAUUGAGAAAGCCCAUGAACACAUCUUUGGCAUGGUACUCAUGAAUGACUGGAGUGCCAGGGACAUCCAGGCGUGGGAGUAUGUUCCUCUUGGUCCUUUCCUGGGGAAGAACUUCGGGACAACUAUCUCACCCUGGGUCAUCCCAAUGGAGGCGCUGGUACCCUUUGCAGAGCCUAACCCUAUCCAGGACCCAGAGCCCCUCCCCUACCUUCAGCACCCUGACGCUUACACUCUCGACAUUAACCUGUUCGUGUCACUUAAAGGACAAGGCAUGUCAGAGGCAGCAACCAUCUGCAAGUCAAACUUUAAGUACAUGUACUGGACCAUGAAGCAGCAACUCACCCAUCACACAGUCAACGGCUGCAACGUCAGACCUGGAGACCUGCUGGCUUCUGGUACCAUUAGUGGACCUGAUCCAGAGAGUUUUGGAUCCAUGCUGGAGCUGUCAUGGAGGGGAUCUAAGAGCAUCGAUCUGGGAGGAGGAGAAACCAGAACGUUCUUGAGGGAUGGAGACAAAGUCACCAUCACAGGUUACUGUCAAGGAGAUGGGUACAGAGUGGGCUUCGGACCCUGCAUGGGAACCAUUCUCCCUGCCCUGCAACAUUGAAACACACUUACUGUUGUUUAAGUGAGCAUCCUUCUGUGAAGCAUAAAUACUGGAAGACACACAUUUACACACCCAAAGUAUCUCACCCUGUUUUGAUAUUCAAUAUUCCAUGAAUGAAGACAACUACAAGCAACAACUCUGCUUACAAACUCUCUCUCUCAAAAACAGACACACACAUCUAUCUCUUAAAAUCAUGUGUUUCCAGCUUUAAUUGAUAAUUGAUGAGCUUUUCUCAGAUUCAGUUGAUGCAGACUCAGAGGUCUGUAGAGUUGUACAGGGAACCUUUUUUAGAAAUCCUCUGCAAUAUUCAUGUAGCAGAGGGAUGCUCCCACAUUACGUGACCGUGUUACCGCUAUACCAGGAUCAGUGUUAUUGAUGUUUUAUAUGUGUUGGCUUUGUAAUGAAAUCAUCCAUUUUUAAUCUCAAUGUGUCUGUGUCUUUUGUUUUCCUCUCAGACGUCUGUGGUCAAAUGAUACCAAAAAACUUGGAUUUCAAUCUCAAUGUAAAGACUCAGAUCAUUAUGUUUGGACGACCUGACCUAUCAGAGGCCCUUUAGCUUCUAUCAAACUUUUAUUAAGAAUCUAGGAGUG